AUGUCCGAUGAUGGUGUAAUAAAUACUAAAUUUCGAAUUCUUGAAUUGCUUUCGGAAUUGGAUGAAUCUGAAUUGAACUCGAUUGAACAUUGGAUUGUAUCACACACAUUUCGAAAUGAUUUAAAGCUCAAAAGAAUAUUUCAAAAUAAUGAAAAAAAGCUAAUUAAAAUAGGAGAUUCUUUAAAAAACUAUAUACCUAUUGGAGCUGAGCUGUUAACUGAAAAUAUAGUGCCUCCUAUUGUUGGUAAUCAGUCAGAUUGCAAUGAUAUCAACACACGUCACGUUGAUGGAUUUUUAUAUGAUGAAGAUGAGGUUGAAGAUUUAGUAAAAUGUGGAAAAUUAAAUAGACACUAUUGUUUAGAUUGCAAUUCACGUAAUGUUAAGGAUUUAAUUUUUAUUUCUCAUUCAUUGUCAAGACAAAAUCUACUAUAUAUCUUUAAACUUUUGCUACCAAAAGAUUUGGAAGGAAAACAGUUACUAGAUGUGGGUUCCAGAACAGGAGCAGUUUUAUAUGGAGCGUAUUAUUUGUCAAAUGCAUCUUCUAUAACUGGAGUAGAAAUAAACAAAGAGUAUUGUGAAAUUCAAGAAAAAAUAAUAGGGCAAUUUUCAAUGGAUAAAAAUAGAGUUAAAGUGAUACAUUCUGAUAUAAUGGACAUGCCUGACGUAGUGAGACAGUCUGAUAUAAUAGUAAUUAACAAUCUCGAUUUUUUUGUGAAUAUUGAGAAACACAAGCAAGUGUGGCAAUUUUUCAAAAAACAUCUAAAAAAGGGGAGUUAUAUUGUAGCUGCUAGAAGCGUGACGGAUACAUUGAAUUAUUUAGGCAUUUUUGAAGAAUUUAUGGACUGGUUAACUGCGUGUAAGCCUAAUCAAAUUGAAAAUGAAAUAUUUUUUGAUGUCGAAGAUAACAGUGAUAUAUUUUUGUAUACAAUAAAAUAA